UCGGGGGCGCGGUGAAGCUCCCGGAUGAGCUCGAUGGCUUUCUCGCAGAACAUAGCUCCGCGCGCUCAGGCCGCGAGGCCCACAACAGCUUACACUCGCGUCCAGCCGCAGCAGAACCCCCGCCGGCGCGCGGAGCGCUCCUCCCUCCCCCCGACCCUGGCGAGGUGGCUUUGGCGCCAAACUCACAUCGGCCAAUAGGAACGGAGAAGAGGGUGGGUGGAGCCUCGGCUCUUGCGCUCUCCCCGGCGUUCCCACCCUGCUUUCCUUGACUUUCCUACGGGUUUUGGAGAGGGACAUGAUUCCUCGGGUUUGAGAAUUCGACCAGUGUUCGUGGUGGUCUCAGUUCGCAGCCCUUUCCAGGCCGAGGAACCCGGAGCCGGGACAGCGCAGCCUAUGCUUGCGGCCGUCAGGGGAACCCUGCCCCCCGAAAUUUACGGAGAAAAGGCAAGCAGGCGAAGGAAGGAUUUAGGCCCCUCGGGCUCUCUUUCCCCGGUGUGAGAGGCAAGUCAGGUUGAUGCCAUUUUGUCGUAUCCUUCUGCUGAUUGCGGACCCACCCUGGCUGUGGAAGGUGGUCCGGCCGGCCCGUUGACAAAAAGCGUGGGAAUUCCGCCUCCCGCUUCUUUGUGACGUCACGAAGAGCAUUGUGCUUCGCGUGGUUUGUCCACGCUGUGUGCGUUCCACGAGUGACCUACCCUCUCUUCGGCAUGACCCAGUCGUUUCAUCCACUGUAGUGAAAUAAUGGACAUCUUAAUGCACAGAUUUGGAUAAAUCGCUGGACAAGGAUUGUCGCCUAAAGAAGAACCUGCGCCUGGCGGGCAAGGGGACAAAGGAGCUGGGCUCCUCCUCCAACGCGGGCAUGAAGCGGGCGUUCGGCAGAAGAAAGGGAUUGUGGUUUCGCUUGCGGAAGAUACUUCUUUGGUCAUUGGCCUUGUACGUUGCCAUUCCAUUCCUUGUAAAACUCUGUCCUGGGAUACAGGCUAAGCUGAUUUUCUUAAAUUUUGUGAGGGUUCCCUAUUUUAUUGACUUGAAAAAGCCACAGGAGCAAGGCUUAAAUCACACCUACAAUUACUACCUCCAGCCAGAAGAAGGGGUAACUGUUGGAGUCUGGCACACAGUCCCUACAGUCUUAUGGAAGAAUGCUCAAGGAAAAGACCAAGUGUGGUAUGAGGAUACCUUGGCUUCUAACCAUCCUAUCAUUCUUUAUUUACAUGGAAAUGCAGGCACUAGAGGAGGAGACCAUCGAGUGGCGCUGUACAAGGUUCUGAGUUCCCUUGGUUACCAUGUAGUCACCUUUGAUUACAGAGGCUGGGGUGAUUCAAUAGGAACUCCAACAGAAGGGGGAAUGACUUAUGAUGCGUUACAUGUUUUUGACUGGAUAAAAGCAAGGAGUGGUUACAAUCCUGUGUACAUUUGGGGCCAUUCACUGGGCACUGGAGUUGCAACCAACUUAGUGAGGCGCCUAUGUGAACGAGAAACUCCUCCAGACGCCCUCAUAUUGGAAUCUCCAUUUACAAACAUACGUGAAGAAGCAAAAAGUCAUCCAUUUUCAGUGGUCUACCGAUUCUUUCCUGGAUUUGAUUGGUUCUUCCUUGACCCCAUCACUAGCAGUGGGAUUAAAUUUGCAAAUGAUGAAAAUGUGAAAUAUAUAUCAUGCUCCUUGCUUAUUCUUCAUGCUGAAGAUGACCCCAUCGUGCCAUUCCACCUAGGAAGAAAGCUUUACAACAUCGCUGCACCAUCUCAGAGCUUCCGGGACUUCAAAGUCCAGUUUGUUCCAUUUCACAGGGAUCUUGGCUACAGGCACAAGUACAUAUACAAGAGUCCUGAACUACCUCGGAUAUUGAGGGAAUUCCUGGGAAAAUCAGAACAUGAGCAUCAUCGUGAGCUACGUCACUGAGGACUGGCUGUGUGAAAGCAUGAAGAUCUCUUUUCCCCCCAUCCUUUCCUUUUCCUUUGGAUCAGUCCACAAUCCUGGAAACCGUCAGCAGCAGAUGAGUCUAGCACUCCGGCAUCCGCAUUGCUCAGGAACCCUGGCUUGUCAUCAAGCUUUCCUAUGGAGGGGACUCAAAAUGAUAUCAGUUGGUUUGUCUAGCCCUGGUAGGAAUGGAAAGCAGCUUUACAGAGCAACUCAGUGUGACCCCAAUGGACCUGAGGAUCCAACCAAGUGGCUCAAAACAGGAACCCUUCUUGGAAAUUUAAGAGUGGACCAAUGGCUUUGUUUCUCUCCACCCCGCAACUUGAGCUUUCUAUUAGGCAUGAGUUGGUCAUGGUGGACCUGCCAUAACUUGGUUGAUCCUACUUCUGUCUUGCUUUUUGGUGGCUUUUUUUUUAUGAUGGAGACUUUGUUCUUUACUCAUUUCUUCUAGAAGCUCAAUCGUUACUCAAGAAGGUGAAAGGGACUCUUGCUGUCUCAAAACAAGGACUUCAACCUCUAACUGAAGGGAGUGGUGGGAGGAGGCUUGAAAAUGAAGGAUUUAUUUGGGCUUCUUCCUAUCUCUCCCUAGUACACCCAUAACGAACUUUGGACGGUUUAUUAUUAUUCCUUCUUGCCCUAGGCAUACUUGCACUCCAUGGCCAUCACUCUCUUUUCUUGGUGGUACUUUUGCUAAUUCACAAGACUUAUUAUGGUGAUUAUUAUUUGUACUUCUGUCAGUUCAUUUCUCUCUCCCAUCCUUUUAACUAACCUGGGUCUAAACUGAGCAUUUAUUUAAAAAUAUAAUAGUGGUGGUGAUCUGUCUUCCUUUCUCUCUGCAAACCUAGAAAAGUCAACCACACUAAGCACUUUGAGGCAGAAAAGUUUGUACCUUGAACAAUGUCCAUGAGACUGCUUUGCCCUGUGGUCUCAGCUACACGGUUUUAAAGGCACAGUGAGCUUUCCCAGCUUUAGGGUUUAAGUUUGUCUGCUUAAAAAGCUGGGGCAGAACUUGGCUAGUGAAUGUGAAUGGAGUUUCCUGAUGUCUUCCUUUUUUUGCCUUAGGCAAAACUCAACCCCCUAAUCCAAGUACGUACCAGAAGCUCUCUCCAUGGGGAAGGCUGUUCUGCACAGUGGGAUAGGAAUGUUCCAGAUUGCACAUCAAGUUUCCUUUUCUUUGCAAUACUGGUCCCAAGGUGAAAUCUUGCAGCCUUAGGCACAGAAUGCCCAUUCUUGGAGUUGUAUAUUGAGUAGCAUGAGCACAUAAGCUUGCAUGGGAGUUCUAGUUACAGGUGCAUAAGGUCUAUUUUUAAUGAAUUUUAUGCCACAGAAAGAUGGAGUAUAGUUUUGGCCCAUGUUACUUAUGAGCUGUGUGCCACUGAAAUGCUACUCAUUGGAGUUAUUUAUUGCACUGAUAGAGGUGUCGUUUGGCUUUUUUUGUACAACCAAACCAACAUUCCAUGAGAUGCUGUUGCUUUCAUUAGGCACCUAUUAAAUACAAUUCAACCUUAAAUGAGAAUAUUGUCCAUCUUCCCCAGUUAACAAAAGGUCAGAUUCUCCAAAGCAUGAACCUGAUACUGUUUGUCACCUACAGUUCCAAUCAUUAGGCCAGUAUUGUGUAUUGAAACUUAAAGUAAAAUCUCUUAAAGAAAAAAAAUGCAUAAUUUUAAUAAAGUUGCCUUUGGAUCACUCCA